AAUCCGCGCCAUGACAGCUCGACACGUGACGUAGAGUAAGUUCCUGCUGUGGCUUGAGGGAAACAGAUCGACAUCUAGCCACGGGAGAAUCGCACUUUGCGGCCUGUGGAAGCCCCCUCCCUGAGCAAUGGCCUCACCGGUCUCUGUCUACAACUCCAACGCCUUGGACACGCACAUCUCCAGUACCUCCAGAGAGUCUCUAAAAAUGGAGUUGUUAGCAGACGUGUGUCUUCUGCCAGGAGAGGACAGAAUUAUAGAUAAAGACAUCAUCUACAUCUGUCCAUUCAGUGGAGCAGUGAAAGGCAAAGUGUUAAUCACCAACUACAGACUCUACUUCAAGAGCUCUGAUGGAGAUGUGGUGGUGACGCUGGACGUUCCUUUGGGUGCAAUCGGCCGUGUGGAGAAAAUGGGUGGGGCAUCAAGCCGAGGUGAAAAUUCUUAUGGCCUGGAUAUCACCUGCAAGGACAUGAGGAACCUGAGGUUUGCGUUGAAGCAGGAGGGCCACAGCAGACGAGAUAUCUUUGAGCUCCUCUUCAGACAUGCUUUCCCCCUCUCACAUAGUCUGGCUUUGUUUGCAUAUGUGACUCAGGAGAAAUAUGAGGAAAAUGGCUGGAAUGUCUACAAACCUAUGGAGGAGUUCAGACGCCAGGGAUUACCUAAUAACAAGUGGCGUAUUACAUUCAUCAAUAGAAACUAUGAGCUGUGCGACACCUACCCCACUGUAUUGGCCGUCCCCUUUAAAAGUAAAGAGGAGGACCUCAGAAGAGUCGCUGCCUUCAGGUCAAGAGGACGAAUACCGGUUCUGUCGUGGAUCCACAGGGAAAACCAGGCAGUGAUCACCCGCUGCAGUCAGCCUCUGGUUGGCAUGUCUGGUAAAAGGAACAAGGAUGAUGAGCGCUACUUGGACCUGAUCAGGGAGGCGAACGACACCACCAAGCUUACCAUAUAUGAUGCCAGGCCCAGUGUCAACGCAGUGGCCAACAAGGCCACUGGAGGAGGUUACGAAGGUGAUGAGUACCAGAAUGCGGAACUCAUCUUCUUGGACAUCCAGAACAUCCACGUGAUGAGGGAAUCCCUGAAGAAACUCAAAGACAUUGUCUACCCAAACGUGGAGGAAUCCCAUUGGCUGUCCAGUUUGGAGUCCACACACUGGCUAGAACAUGUUAAGCUGGUGUUGUCAGGAGCCAUCCAAGUAGCAGACAAGGUUUCCAGUGGAAACUCAGUGGUGGUUCACUGCAGCGACGGCUGGGACAGAACUGCCCAGCUCACCUCUCUGGCCAUGCUGAUGCUGGACAGUCACUACCGCACACUCAGAGGAUUCCAGGUGCUAAUUGAAAAGGAAUGGAUCAGCUUUGGGCACAAAUUUGCCUCAAGGAUAGGUCACGGAGACAAGAACCAUGCAGAUCAGGACAGAUCACCCAUCUUUGUUCAGUUCAUUGACUGUGUAUGGCAGAUGACUAAACAGUUUCCUACAGCCUUUGAGUUUAAUGAGCGCCUCCUGCUGACAAUUCUGGAUCAUCUCUACAGCUGUCGGUUCGGGACUUUCCUCUUUAACUGUGAGAGUGCACGAGACCAGCAUGAGCUGAGGUCAAAAACAGUGUCCCUCUGGUCUCUGGUCAAUAGUAAGAUGGACAUUUAUUUAAAUCCCUUCUACACACCUGAGUCAGGCCGGGUGCUCUACCCUGUCGCCAGCAUGCGCCACCUAGAGCUGUGGGUUACAUACUACAUCCGCUGGAACCCACGUAUACGACAGCAGGUAAUGAUACAGCAGAGUCCAGUGGAGCAGCGCUACAAGGAGCUGUUGGCCCUCAGAGACGAGUACUUGAAGAAGCUGGAAGAGCUGCAGCUGUCCGACUCCUCCCCUUCCUCUCGUUUGGGGAACAGCUCCACUCCCAACACAUCCUCCUCCACCUCGUCCACACCAUCACAGCAAUACACACACCUACAAACUCCCUUCUGAGGGCUGCUCUCACACACAAUCACACACACUCUGUCUCUCUCUGAUACUUGUUGACUUGCACUUACGUCUCUCUCACUCAGAUUUCUGUCAGUCUUACACACACGCAGGGAAUAAAUUAGUCUUGUGCAGUCAAACUGUGGCUAUAACACAUGAUGCUAAUACGAUUUUGAUUUGAUGAUUAACUCUUAACACCAUUGUAGUGAUAAUGGUGAUUUAUGCAAAACCUCACAGUACAGCCUUGUCACAACACUCUUCUAUACACACACACCUUCAUCACACAGUGAAGCCUUAAAGAUAAUUCAGUAUUUUUUGGGGGUUUUUUAGUGAAAAGGGCUUGAACACACAGGACACACGGUGGUUGGUGGUUAUGUAUCAGUGUAGACACAGGCAGCACGGCACGGCAAGAUUGGCGCAUUUUUCCCUCCACACACUGAUGCGAAACAACACACCUGUACUGUUGUGACGCACUGUGUGUGGACAGCACUGAUGUUAGAGGAACAUAGAUUACAUUCAAAUAGUCUCAACUACUUGCCACUAGCUCUAAAUAAAAGUAGUCAAGUAAAGCUGGGUUAGGCAAGAUCAACCCCAAAUUCCUCCUCUCCCCUCCAGGUGGUAAACACCACUCUCAGGCUGCAUUUAUACUACAUUUUUCUUUUGAAAAAUGCAUUUUUCAGUGUUAAAGGUCUGUGUUAGCAGUAAUUUGUUCUACAAAAUGGCAGAAAAUGUUGAUUAGUGUUUCCCCCAAAAUGUUUUGUCAAAUUCUCAAAUCUUUCAUUCAGUUUUAAUGAUUUCUUUGAUAAAUGGAACAAAGAAAGCAGGAAAAAGUCACAUUUGAGAAGCUGAAAAAUCUGCAAACUUUGACUUAUUUAAUUUGAAUAUCUAAAUAGUUGACAGUUCAUUCAGUAAAUGAUCUUUGCAGACCUAAUUCUAACACAUUAUGAAAACAACUCUGGGUGUGCGCAUUCCAGUGUUAACAGGAAGCAUACUCUCUUUCAGAAAUGACUAAUAACAAGAAUCCACAGUGGUAUAAUGUCAGAACAGGGAUUUCUCUAAUGAAACUGAAAGUGUUAAUAGAGCUUUCAUUUCACAGCCUACAUUAUCUUGGUUAAACAGCUAAUAGGAGUGCCUGCUCUAACUCAGUUGCUCUGUAAUCACAGGUCAAGUUUACCACAAGGCUGCAAACACAGCCUAGUUCUCUCUCUCAUCACUUAAUUUACAUUAUUUUGAAAGUCUAUGACAAAAUUAUUGUCUCAUAAUGCCAAAAAAUGUAUUGCCUCCCCAGCUUUAAGGCUGUUUUGUAAAACAUACUCUCCAUUACAUAACAGUUUUGGGGUUGCAAUUUAACUUGUGCUCGCCUUACACAAGGACUUUUAGCAGAGGAAGGUGCUGAACCAGCUCUGUUUAAUGAAAAAAAAAAAAAAAGUCACCCCAAAAGAAGAUCCCUUAUCCAGCAGGCCACCUUCUGUAUGUCUCGCCUUUGUCCACCUACACAGCCACUGGUGUCCCGUGUAAACACAAUAUAAUGCUAAUAGUGAUUUUGUACAACUCUCACUUUUCGCACUUCUUCCUGUCUGCGUGAGGCUGGAUGUCACCUCAUGACUCCAGCUCUGUCUGUAAAUCAUGUUUUUCAGAUUUGGACUCUGCUAUGAGCGUAGCACUGUUUUCCACAACUUCUUAAGCUAUAAGACUGAGAGCAAAUACCAUUCUAGCUUUGUCAGAAUAGUUAGAAUUAAUCAAUGGUUUACUUUUAUGAUUGUGUCUUUUGAAAAGGUUAGAAAUGUGUUCUGGUUCUCAAGAUAGAUUAGGGAAAUGAAGUGGCGUUGACCUCUGAUCCUGCAUUUAUUUAUGUACAUGUAAAGGGAUAGUUUAGAUUUUUUUUUGAAGUGCAGUGGUAUGAAAAGAAAUCUACACCAUUGUAAGGCUAUGAUAUCUUAAGAAUAUUUUUAUCACACAUUUGUUUGACUUUGACAACCACUCACACCACUCCACACCAAAGUCCAUAGAGAAAAUCAGCGUUUUUACAUCACAACGCACAGGAGUUGUUGAUCCACGUCUGCCUCCAUGAUUCAGUUUCCAUCCAUCCAACAUCGACUGCUCUAUCCUCCACAUGAGGGUCGCCGGGGGCGCUGGUGCCAAUCCCAGCUGACAUAGGGUGAUCAGUCCUCAUUCAGUUUGUUGUUUUUUGAUUUCUGCAUUUGAAAUCCAUCCUUGUGAUUUACCUCAGUGACACAUACGUACCAAACAUGGCAGCCGUAGACCAGCAGCUCCUGUGUCUCUGAAAAAAAGCUAUUUUUCUCUAUGGACUUUGGUGUGGGAGAGUGAGCGCCAUACAAACGUGUGUUCCCACCUAGAAAAGGCUAUUUUAUGGCAAGAUAAAGUUGCAAAUGUAUUUUUAAGGUUUUGUUGACCAGCUCUUGAUUUCACUAAGUGGGUGUGUUGUUAAGUAGCUAAACUCUGUUAUCAGUGUUUCCCAAUUGACAGCCAUGUUCUCAUAUAACCACACCUCAAAUAACCUGAACUUUGAGUCUCCACUAAACACAGACCCUGGAUGGAGAAGCUAAAUUGGAUCCUAACCAUGCUAGGGUGUUUUUUUUGUUUUGUUUUUAUGAGCAAAUGUUUUAGGAACAGUGCGCGG